AUGGCCACCCGAACGAUCAUUCCGCCUCUCGCUCGCGGCGACUCGAAGCCCAUCGACGCGAAUAAACCAUUCAUUAUUCGCGACCUGCCAGCGGAAAUCCGCAACCAAAUCAUAAGCUACUUGGUCGAGUACCCCACGCCAAUGCGCAUAAGCUGCAACAGUACCGAGUCCCGGCCAUAUCGCAUCGAUAUACAUGGUUUCCGUUUAUGUCCGAAGUUACAGCUUCCAGUAAACCUCUUUGCAUCGUGUCGGACAUUGUAUCGCGAUGCAGGUUCUGCCUUCUACUCUAACCACACCUUCAUCAUUGACAGUAGAUACUGUUCUUACAGCUGCCACCGGUACUCACCCAUUAUCAGACUACCGGGCGCUUUCUUCACGCGUAUAGGCACGCAAGCGCAAUGGCUUCGGAAGAUCGAACUCGACCUGUGCCUUCUGACAAAAUCAAAGCUUUAUCGAAGCCUCGCACACCCUGACCGAGUUAAAUAUGGUGCACUCGAGCGAUUCGAGAUCACGCCUUUUCUGCGCGCGAUCUGGGACUUGGAUCUAAAUGUCGACGUCUCUCUCGUCAACACUAGGUAUUUUCCUCCUAUCCAUGGACUCACGGAUUUGGACCUCAAUGCCCCGUCUAUGAGUGCUAUCUUCAAGUCUAUACUAGGAGGUCAGUUGGGGCUACGAAAGUAUGGCCGGCUGCUGUACGUAGUUACUAUAUGCGGAGACGGUUCCGGAGGCGAGAUCAGUUGGGGGACUACAAAACUUUGCUGCGAUUCCCCCAAUAUGAUGAUUCGAGAAUUACUUCCAGACAUUAUUCCAGAUCUGCAUCACAUCUCUUCGUUUACCGCGAAAGAUGGCGGAGCACGAUUACGAGUGCACAAGCGGGAAAAGGCCCUGACCCUACUCGACCUGCCACAGCCGAUACUCAGGGAUAUAAUCAGACGGGUUGUGCAUCCUAUCGAAGGCUUCGUGAUCCAUUUGGAUAAGGAUACGAAAUUCAACUGUGGUAUCAUCCACGUCAACAAGGAUAUCUAUCACGCGUGGCGUGAUUCCUUUCUCUUCGGCCAUAGCAGUUUCGAGUUGGUCUUGACAACAAACUGUGUACACACUGAUUUCGGGGGGUUCAAGAAGUUACGGAGAGUUCUGAGGAAGACUUUCGACUCUUCCCGUUAUCCUCCUGAUGAUUCAUCGCACCUGAGAACCCUGACCAUUAGUGCGUUCAGACGGAAUACGGUGAACUACACCCUCAAAUUUGAGGUGCAAGGCCCUGUCUCAUUGGGUGAUGUCCGCAUCAACAUAUUACCCUUUGUCAUGGAGACGGCCAUGUCAGAUUCAAGUAAUGGAAAUGAACUCACGAUUCAGGUUCAGAGUACAGGCUGCAACGGACCCUCCACCAUGACUGCUUCGCAUACGAUGGGACUUCAAGAACUUCGCAUCAACAUCCUCACCGCCUUGAUGAAGUCCUUCUACUUAGAAAAGGAAAUGGAAAUCGUACCUGAUUGCUGGAUCAAUGGUUUUGGGCAAGUCGUGCAAGUCGUACAAGUCGAGGACGCCCACGAUAUUGCCGGCGAGGCAUGGGAGUUCGCCUCACACCUUGUCGAAAAUGACUGUAAGAUAGACCAUGGCUGUUGGGAAACCAGGAACUGCUUCGACGUUCUCGAAUUGCACCCUCUCGACAGGCAUUACCGACAUGGGGAUAUCCAUCCUGGCUGUAGCAUCAGCGGCAAACAAUUCUUUCCGUUUCAGCGAAAUGCAAAGGAGGUCAUGCGCUAUCUUUUGCACAACAUUGACGACCACGGGGUGUUUGACUCCGCCGUCCGACCGAAACACUUCAAGUGCGAGUGCGAUGAUUGUAAUGAUCAAACCGAGGACGAUGAGGUUGGUUAGGAAUGGUAGAAGUGACGAAGACAACCACCAAUCCUAGACACUUACGGGAUAGGAAAAAACACUGCCAUUCGGGAUAUAUCAAAGUGCCAUUUUCGUACUUGAUGAUGAAAGAUCAGAUUUGAGACUCGCAGAUCCGUAGUAGUAUGUGACAGUGCGGGCUGGGCCUAUAUAUAUUGCAAUUCGACAAUCUGAACUACAAACAUCCAGCACACAUGCUGAAGUACACAAUAACUACUAUCCGUGAUCCAUACAACUAACACCGUGGAGUAAGGACGAUAAAGCAAGCAAAUUUCGUGUCAAAACCAUCCCUGCUUAGGUAGUAUCUUCCUAUCAUCGGUCCCAAACCCGCUUUAGACUCACGGCACCCUGCAACAUUUCUGUUCCUUCAUAGCGACUUACAGUGGGACCUCCAGCCCCAAAAGCUGUUGCCUAAAGUUCUCUUUCGCGCUUGUCGUUAAUAUGCACUCGGACUUACUCCAAUCCUGUUUCU